AUGUCUGAGAUUGACACCUCGGCGCCGUUCGAAUCAGUGAAACAACCGGUGAAUCGAUUUGGUAGGAUGGGUUUUUGGAAACCCACCUCUCAUAACCCCUUUGCACAAGUUGAAGUUUUCAACUUGUGGCCUAGAGGAUUGUGGGAACAGGUUCAUGUGCACCUCAAGCGACACUUGAUGAAUGAUUUGCCUCAAACAGAUGAUGUUGUUGCUCAGUGGUGUAGGGAUGCCUUUGUGGCCAAGGAUAAGUUAUUGGACAAGCAUGUAGCUGAGGAUUCCUUCCGUGAACAAUUGCAAGACACUGGCCGGCCAGUGAAGUCCCUAUUGGCAAAGGACUACAAGCGGCCAACGUAUGAGGAAGUUAUGAGAACCUUUCGGCCUUACUUUGUUGGCGCUGAACCAGCUACAAAAUGCCAUUCUACAAAAUGGUGA